AUGUCAAGAUCGUCGGAUCAGGCGGAAAGUGAUUUAUCUACGGCUCUACCGUCUUGUUCACGUUCGAACGUCACUCUCGACAAUGAUGUUCUUACGAUGAUUUUUGAAAAAGUGGCAUCUGUUGGAAAUAUUCAAGAAGUUAUGAAGUUGAGGUCCACUUCCCGCUGGGCAGCUUAUGGAAUUGAUCGGUCCUUGUCGAAGCAUUCCCACAUCCGUGUGGAUAUUCGAGCUCCUCGAGAAUAUAAAAUUAGCGGGCUGAAGAAGGAGAAACUCCCGAUUCCUGAGCCUGUUAUUUACAUUCAGGGAUCUCGAGUUACACCUAAGGCGGCAAUCACAUUAAUGGCUUUCCUCAUCAACAAAAUGCGAACAAUCACGGAAGUUUCCUUAAAUAUUGAGGAUGCUGACCUAACGAAUUUCAACGCAUUACUGGAUCAACUUAUAAAAGCCGAGAAUGUGAAACUCGAAGUGAUGCGACUGAAACGAUUAAAAGGAGGUCAAACGAUUCCAAAAAUUUCCGAAUUGAUUAUGGCAAACGUUAAAACUCUUCGAGUGGUUGGCCGUGUAGGACUCUCGGAAAUGGUUGCAUUAAAAUCACCGAUUCAUUUGGAACGCUUGUCACUGAUGACGUUCGACCUUGGAUUUGAGGCAUCACAGUCGACAAUUUGCGAUUGUAUGCUUGACAUUGCAAAAAGUGGAUCGACCUUUAGACAUCUCUCCUAUACGAGCUUCAUUGGUUUCGAUCCUACUGAUGAUGUCGUUCAGACGUUCCUUGAUCGAUGUGAAGUGAGAAGUCUUCGUCUGACAAUGAUGCGAGGUCCGUACAUACCACCUCAGCCGGAUUACAUGGUCGGAAAGGUUCGACAAGUUGAUCAUGUGGAAUUGGGUGAAGUUGUCGAGAAGCCGAACAUAUUCAACUCGUUGGUCACCUACGAAAAUAUCUUCAAGAAAGUUUUCCCGAAUGUACAGGACAUUCAUUACUUCCAACAUUGGUAG